AUGGCAACUCUUCAGGGAACAGGAAUUCCGAGGGUCAAGCUAGAACCCGCCCCCGACCAGCAUAUUAAGCAAGAGCCCGCGGACGACACGCCCUCACCUUACGCCGACGAAGAUGAUGACAUGUAUGAGGAUGCGGGGGAUCUUGAUUUUUCACAGGCACAGCAACAACUAUGGCUCAGUCACAUUCCGCGGACGUUAUGGGAGACACUGUCGAAGCUGCAAGAUGACGACGAGAUCGAAAUUGGCAGAAUCAGGGUAGAAGGCGCAGAGUCUAAUCCUUCAAGAGUCAGCCUGAUGUUAUACCCGCUGCCCGCUUUCGAGAACGAGCCCAAAGAGUACAACCUCUUCGCUGCGCCGCCUGAAAAGCUACGGUCGCGAAGACCCGGGCAGGCAUUAGUCUUCUCGGAGAAGGACCUGCCAGGAUACAAGCCUCGCACAUUUGCAUGGGACGACGUCGAUGAAGAAGGCAACCCCGGACAGGGCCGCUCUUUCCUCUACGAACGACACAAGCGCGAGAUAAAGAAGAAAGAAAACAAAGGCCGCUUCGUGCCCUACAUUCGACGACCCAUACCGAAACAAACGGCCAUCGCGGGCACGAUUGCGAAGGAGUUCGAAGCAGUGCCGGUCAAAAACGAAGAAUACUUUGUGCUCGAGAACAAGCAGGCGGCCGAGCUCCUCAAGGUGCCCGAGCGAGAACAAGCCAUCUUUGCCACGGGUGACUACGACCCAGAGAAGAACAGCAGGUCGUUCAUGUCGACGAGUGAAAGACAAGCUGUGUUGAAGAACGCCCAGGCUAGGAAACAUGCCCAGAAGGAAACCCGCGCGGCGCGCGUGGACAAGCACGUCCUCAUCGACAAACUCCUGGAUCUCUUCCGUCAACACCGCAUCUGGGGUCUGCGCGACCUCAAGGCCAAGGUCAACCAGCCGGAGGCGUACCUCCGCGAAACGCUGUCGGAGAUCGCCUUCAUGUGGAAAUCCGGCGACUUCAACGGCAAGUGGGAGUUGAAGCAAGAAUUCAAGCAGCAGGACACCACGCUGCUGAACCCGACCGGUGUGGAGGUGGCGCCCAAAGUGGAGGAUUCAGACAUGGAUACCAAGUCCGGCGUGGACGAUGACGACGACGACGUCUUUGAGGACGUCGGCGUCGACGGUUAG